AUGGUGGGAUUUUUCUUGCUCGUUAGAUGCUUUUACCUCACUUCUGUAAUUGGACGGUCUUGGUUGGCUGGGCUCAAGUUGUUGUUUCUUGCUGUUGGAAGGCAUCAGGCCAUGAACAUAUUUAUGAUGCUGUACAGAAGCCUCUCCUUGCAUAAGACUGCUGCUGAGCCUGCUGUUUUGGAGGUUCUUCAUGGUCUAAUGGAGUUGGUUAUGUCUCUAAUAACUGCAACUUUGCCGCAGAUAGAUUCAAGAUUGUAUGUAAUAUGGGGCAUCUUACAUGGUUUCCCUGAGACUUGGACUCACUCUCUUGUUAGUUCUUUGGUCAUCAGUUGGUCAAUUACUGUGUUGAUUUCCAUUUGUUAG